ACCAUUUGCGUGCACCGAUGGUUACAGCCAUGUGGUUACAGGAAACUGCAACUUAUCGUGUCCAUUUCUACUUUGGACAAGAUAUGCCGAACUGUGCGCCCAAGUGGCAGAUUGGACGGACUCACCGUCCAUGCGGUCCCCACUGAUCAACUGGAGUGUGUUUCGCCAGCGAGAUAUCGGCUGGCACACGUAACCGGCGGGACGACCCACUGGAUGACACUACCCUGUUAGGCGCAUUCUGUGAGGGUUACGCAAUUCGAGGACACCUACAGAGCACGCUUUCCGCGCCCUGGCACAGGAGGUCAUGCCCGGUUUCCAAUCUUUCCCGUUUCUGUCAUUCUACCAUUUCCAUAUCCUUCACAAAACACCAACCCCUCUGGUUACUACUCGGCCGCCAUCUACCGGAGAGGAUACACGAGGGAUCUUCUCCGUUUUCCGCUCUGCCCUUCCCACCUUAGUCGCUCGCUUCACACUUUACCAACUAUGGCUUCGACAUGGUUCGCGCUAGCCGCCCUCACUGCGGCUGGCAUCACAAAUGCAGCAUACAGCAUCGCUACAACAUCCGAUAUAAAACAAACUGCUGCAAACGUCGCCUGGGAUCUAUUGCAAUACUACAACGGCAACGAGACGGGACAGACGCCAGGCAUUCUUCCGGGCCCUCCCCCAGCAGGCGAUUACUACUGGUGGGAGAGCGGCGCCAUGUGGGGGACCUUGAUCGACUACUGGAAGUACACCGGCGACAGCUCGUACAACGAUAUCAUCACACAGGCAAUGCUCUGGCAAGUCGGCCCAGAUGAAGACUACAUGCCUCCAAACUACACAGCGUCGCUCGGCAAUGACGACCAGGGCUUCUGGGGGAUGAGUGCCAUGCUAGCGGCCGAGAAUGGAUUUCCCGACCCGCCCGAGAAGGAGCCGCAGUGGCUUGCCCUCGCCCAGGCCGUCUUCAACACCCAGGCGGACCCCCAGCGGCACGACAGUACGUGCGGUGGCGGCCUGAGGUGGCAGAUCUAUCUGUCAAACAACGGAUACGAUUACAAGAAUAGCAUCGCGAACGGUUGCUUCUUCAACCUUGGCGCGAGGCUCGCUCGCUAUACGGGCAACCAGACAUACGCCGAUUGGGCGGAAACGACGUGGAAUUGGAUGAGGAGCGUCGGUUUCAUGGAUGACGAUUACAACAUUUACGACGGCGGCCACGUCCAGAACAACUGCACCGACAUCAACAGGGCACAAUUCUCCUACAACAACGCCGUCUUUCUCCUGGGCGCGGCGUACAUGUACAACUACACCAACGGAAGCGACACAUGGAAGCAACGCACCACCGCCCUGGUCGAUGCGACGCUCAAGACCUUCUUCCCGGACAACAUCGCCUACGAGAUUGCCUGCGAGGAGCACAUGUCGUGCACGACUGACAUGCUCAGCUUCAAGGGCUACCUGCACCGGUGGCUGGCGACGGCCACGCAGGUGGCGCCCUUUCUCGCCGACACGGUGCUCCCCGUCCUCCAGACCUCGGCCGAAGCCGCCGUCGCUACAUGCACGGGCGGGUCGAACGGCCGGACGUGCGGCUUCAAGUGGAGCACCAAGGCGUACGACGGGACCUACGGGGCGGGCCAGCAGAUGAAUGUGCUGGGCGCCGUCUCGUCGCUGUUGGUUCAAGAAGCCAAGCCGCCCUUGACGAACUCGACGGGCGGGACCAGCAAGGGCGAUGUCAACGCGGGCUCGCACUCGGAUAGCUCCAGGGGCGAGCUGAGGGAGCUAACGGCGGGGGAUAAGGCGGGCGCGAGUAUCCUGACUAUUGUGAUACUGGUCUCGGCCGUGGGCACGUUUGGGUGGAUGAGUACCGGGGUGUGAUCAACAACGGUCUUGAAGACGGAGAGUCGACCUUGUUUUUUCCUUUGUUUGGGAGUGGCGUUUUGUGUGUCGCCAAUGUGCGGAUUCCGCUCAGUUCGCGCCUGGCGUUGAUGGGUCUGGAUAUCCCUUUGCUUUAGCUUUCGCAGCUAAUAGAUGUCGCUUGCUUGCUCAC